CGCGAAACCCCUCUCCAAAAAACGGCCACAGAAACGAAAGACUGAAGAGGCCCCUGCAGCGAAACCGUCCUUCACAGGCCUCGGCCUCUCCAUGCCCAUCAUCCUCACCCUCAAAGCCACCUUUCCCAACGUCCGUGAGGCGACGGAAGCGCAGAGGCGUUUCAUACCUGCUAUUGUCCAGGGACGGCAGGAUGUUUUGUUGAAAGGUCAGACUGGGAGCGGAAAGUCUUUCGGAAUCAUGCUGGCUCUAAUGAGUAAACCACUCCCGGACAACUUCCUCAUCCAGAAACUCUCCAGAAAGCCCAUCACCUCCCUCCUCCUCGUCCCACAUGCAGACUUGGCGCACCAAUACCUCCACUGGAUCUCACGCAUGGUGCGCGCAGCCGACCCUUCCCGCUCCAUCGACUCCAUCGCCCAAGUCAUCGUCCGUGGCGACUCUUCCCCAGACCUAGUAGCCACCCAAAUCGUGAAACUGCGCUCCGAGCCCCCUUUCAUCCUCAUCGGGACCCCACAGGCCAUCCACGACGUAGCUCAAAAAGAUCCCGGCGCACUCGGGAUCCAAUACCUCUCCACCGUCGUCGUAGACGAAGCAGAUUUCCUCAUCCCGUCCGUGCCAUCGCAUACGCCGGAGAAGAAACGCGAGCAGUUGAGGAGGAGGAUCGAGAUGCAUCCGACGCUUACGAAACAGUUGCUUGAUGUGGUUUAUAGGUCGAGGAUCAGGUCGGACGAUGGCGAGGAGACCGGGAGUGCGCUUAGGCCGUUGCCUCAGUUGGUGAUGUGUAGUGCGACGCUUAAUACGGGUCUUAGGGCGUAUAUUGCGCAGAACCGGUGGAUGAAGCAAGGUGUCAAUGAUGUCGUCAAGAUUUCGGACGGUCAAGAGGAUGCUUCGAGACGGUCUCAGUCAGAGGAGGAGGAGGAGGAGGAAGAGGACGAGCGGACGGCGCGGGCAUAUUUGGGGCCGAAUAUCAGUCAUAGUGUGCUCGUCGUUUCUGAGGACGGCCAGGUGAAGAACAUCGCGGGUGCGGUGGACGAGUCCGAGCCUGCCGAGGAGCAAGAGCAGGACCGUCAUGAUAUCGAUAUUGAGGCUGUAGCUCAACAUACUCACGAACCUACAAGUCCCGAAACGGACACCGCAUCUGAAUCACUCGAGAAGCUGCCGGACGACGUGGUUCUGAGGUAUGAGAUGACGCCGAGCCCGUACCACGCGCCCUCGAUGGAGACAUUGGCCGAGAUCUUCGCGGUCAACGUGCCCCGCGUGGCCCUCCUUGUGCUCUCCGCGUCCUCGUCCAUCCCCCGUGCGGUGUACGACCUCCAAGCUUUAGGCGUGAACGCACGCGCACUGGACCUCCUAUCCCCACACGGACGGGACCAUCUCCUCCGUGCGCAGGACUCAAAUGACCCAUCCUCACCAGCAGCAGGGUACGACGCAGAACCGACUCUGCUGGUGUCGAACCUGGCGGUCAUCAGGGGCUUGGACCUCCCUGAGCUCUCGCACGUCUUUUUACUGGGCGUUCCUGAGGCGGCACGGAAGGGGGACAGUUAUCUGCAUAUUGCGGGGCGGGUGGGGCGGUUUGGAAGGAGAGGGCGAGUGGUUACGAUUUUGAGGGCUGAACCGUAUGAGGAGGGUGGGCGGAGGAUGAGCGAGACGAGGGAGAUGAGGAAGUUGUUGCAGCAGAUUCGGGUCGUGCCCGUGAAGUACGACUAUGUCGAGCAAAAGUAGAGUAGAGUACAUACGAUACGAGAUACAUAAUUAUAUUUUGGUGUAAGGAAC